CCCGCUCUAUUCUUUCUCUGCUUCUUCUCUCCAUUUUCCUGUCGACGGACCAUAGCACUCGAGUUAAGAGCCUCCAAAACCCGCUCAUACAAUACUUCCAAGACCGCUGUGACAUCUCGAGCAUGUGAAUACUGAUACUCAUCUCCAUCUGCACGGGAUUUGGAUUUCCCCCACCAUUUCAAGAUCCAGUGAUCCACUCCAAACAGUCACUCUGCUCCAAACUGAACCCCUUCUACACGGCCACUGCACCCUCUACUGCUUUACCAGACGCACACCAUGACCACCCCUUCGAGACAUCUCAACGCACUCGAGCGGGUCACCAGUGCUACCAGCAGAGUCUUCUCCCAUUCUUUACCCGACAGCUCCCCAAUUGCCCAAGCCUCCAUUGCAAGAGACCUCGCCGAUGACGACGACUCUGAAGCUGCCGAGUCAGAAUCCGAAUCCGACUCAGAAGCUUCGACGCUGAGGCCCUCGACCUCCGCCCCAGGACAUAAUUACUCCUUCAUCGGUUCCUACCGUCGUCCAAGUUUUAGCGCUGCCGGGAACAGAGCUACCGUCCUCCCCCGAUCUAUUCAAGAGCAUGACAGACUCUCCAAGCGUGAAAGAGACCAGGCCUUGGAAGAGGAACGGAGUCUAUUGCGUGACAACAAUAUAAUCCCACCAAAACACCCACAGACCGACGAAGGCCGGAGGAAGAGCUUGUUCGGUGGCUACUUGAAUAUUCCAGGCGGAGAUCGCAAGAUCGUCCCAGGGGACCAAGCCCUUGCACCUGGCCAUGUGGGCGAUGCCAUUGCCUCCGAGGUCUCUCCCCUUCUCGGAGAUCCAACGCUUCCCUAUGGUGGACAAGGGGAUCGAGAAAAUAUCGAGGCCAAGUGGGAAGAGGCUGUUGCAGCUGGCAUGAUUCAGACGACAUGGCAGCGCGAAGCCAAAGUCAUUGCCCGUUAUUCCGCCCCUUUGAUGGUCACAUUUGUACUUCAAUACUCAUUGACUGUCGCAAGUAUCUUCACCGUUGGUCAUAUUGGCACGGUCGAGCUCGGAGCUGUGAGUCUAGCGUCCAUGUCUGCCAACAUCUCCGGAUACGCCAUCUAUCAAGGCCUGGCCACAUCCUUGGAUACACUCUGUGCACAAGCAUUUGGUUCUGGGCGCAAGAAGCUGGUUGGCCUACAAAUGCAACGAAUGAUCUACUUUCUCUGGACCAUCACCAUCCCCAUUGCCAUCAUCUGGCUCAGCGCUGACAAAAUCCUCCGCGCACUGGUCCCUGAGCCCGAAGUCGCCCGCCUAGCCGCUCUCUAUCUCAAAAUCGUCCUCAUAGGCGCGCCAGGAUACGCCGCAUUCGAAGCCGGAAAACGAUUCGUCCAAGCCCAAGGUCUGUUCUCCGCCUCACUCUACGUCCUCCUUUUCUGUGCCCCAUUCAACGCAUUCAUGAACUGGCUAUUUGUCUGGAAAUUACAAUGGGGAUUCGUUGGCGCACCCACCGCCGUGGCCAUCACCGACACACUGCUCCCCAUUGGGCUGUUCAUCUAUGUCCGCUUCUUCUCCAAAUCAGGCAUGUCAUGCUGGAAUGGGUUCACCAAAAGAGCGUUUUCAAACUGGGGCCCCAUGAUCAAACUCGCUUUACCCGGAGUCAUCAUGAUUGAAGCCGAAUGUCUUGCCUUUGAAGUCUUGACGUUCGCAGCCAGUUACUUUGGCACCACGGUACUUGCUGCGCAAUCCGUUCUGGCGACAUUGACCAGCUUGACAUUCCAAAUUCCCUUCCCUCUCUCCAUCGCGGGGUCUACUCGCGUCGCCAAUUUAAUCGGCGCCACACUCGCCGAUGCCGCCAAAGUCAGCACCAAAGUCACUUUUUCCGCUGCCAUUAUCGUGGGCAUUCUUAAUGUGACUUUACUCUCCACCCUGAAAGAUUACAUCCCGCGUCUCUUCACUUCGGACCCGGAUGUCAUCGAGAUCGUCGCUGCGAUUCUGCCACUCUGUGCCGCAUUCCAACUCUUCGACGCCCUUGCUGCCGCGUGUAACGGCAUUCUACGAGGUCUUGGUCGUCAAGAGUUUGGCGGCUAUGUUCAGUUGUUUUGCUACUAUGUCUUCGCCAUGCCCAUCAGUUUUGGCACUGCUUUUGGACUUGAUUGGGGUCUAUGGGGGUUGUGGACGGGUGUUGCUCUGGCUUUGGGUCUGGUCGCUUUGAUCGAGUUCAUUUACCUCAGCCGUACAGACUGGCAGCGCAGUGUGGAGGAGGCCCGUCAGAGAAAUGCUGAUUCGGGCGCUUAGUCUCAGUAGUCUGGGGAAGUUGCCUCUUGGCUUGACGAGGGGCCGGUAUCAUAUAUAUAUAGUGUUGCUAUGAACAUAAACUGUUGAUUUGGAAGGUCUGGUCUGGUUUUAUUACUUUGAGCAAAGCUAGUGUGUUGAAUUGAUU